CAAUUUGACAUGGUCCUUAGAUGGACAGUUCCAACUUCCAAGGCCCCAUAUAUCUCCUGGGUGUCUGGCGGCUACACCCAAAAUAAGCGAAACCAAGCACUCUCCACUCCAGCAUAGCAUUACUGCUCUCCACUCUCCUUUGAAGAGUGAACAGUCAGUACUACAGUUCUGCACAAACAUGGGUAAGAAACUGAAUGCUCUGCUCGGAAGACACUCCAAGAACUCAAAGCUCAAAAACCUGGCUAAUCUUGCCAUCUCAAGGGUUGACAAUAUGAAGAAACAGCACCAUGUUCGGCGUACCCAAGCUCGUUCAGAUGUUAUACAACUACUUGAUCUCGAUCACCAUGACCAUGCUCUCCUUCGUGUUGAACAUGUGAUCAAAGAGCAGAACAUGUUUGAUGCGUUUGUCAUGAUAGAGAAGUACUGUUAUCUUCUGAUGGAGGGAGUUGUGCAACUUGAGAACAGGAAAAGUCCUGAUCAUGAGUUCAAGGAGGUAAUACCCACCUUAAUCUUUGCGGCUUCACGGUGUGGAGGAUUCCCAGAGCUACAACAGAUUCGUGAAAUUUUCACGUCACGAUUUGGGAAAGAAUUUGCAGCUUGUGCUGUUGAAUUAAAAAACAACUGUGGAGUAAAUCCUAAGAUGAUACAGAAGCUUUCCACACGACAAGAAAGCCUGGAAAGCAGACUGAAAAUGCUGAAGCAAAUUGCUUGGAACCGUGGGAUCACCCUCCAUCUUGAGGAUGACACUCCCGUGAUUACAAAGGAGAAAGAUAUCUAUCAGAAACAUCAGCAGCUUGAAUCAAUGGAAGAUGCUACCUUAAAUCCUCCUGAAGUUGGAAUAAUUGCCCAAGAAAUUUCUGAAGAAAUCACAGAGGAUGAAAAAAUUUCUGACCUGAUGAAAGCCCUAAAGGAAUACAGAGAUGUGGCUGCUCCAGCACAAGACACUUUUGCAUGGGAUGAAGAUUCAGAUGAUCAUUCCAGUUUUGAUCAUCAAGAAUUCGACUCUUAUUUUUCAUCAAAAUCUGAACUGCAUUCCAAUAAGGAUGCUUGCUCAGAGGAUUUCAACGACUUCAAGAAGGGAUCAGGCUUCGACAAGAUCUAUCCUGUCGGAAGUUUCAGCUCAGACUCCGAAGGCAAAGAAAUGUCAGAAAACAAGAAUAGAAGACUCCAUAGGGAGUUGAAACAGAGCAACCUCAAAGCUGGACCGGACAUGACUUUAGAUGCUUCAGAUCUGGAUUCAGAUGAAGACACUUCGAGUGCGAAGGAAAUGCAUUCUCAUCCACAAAGCCAUUAUGAGCCGUCAAGGGAGGAAAUAGUUUCUGAUGAAAGUGAUGAUGAGACCGAUCAAAACCAGGACAACAAACCAUGGUUGAAGCAAGAUGACAUGAAUUCCCAUAACAAACCUGGUUUGCCCAUAAUCGAAUUCCCCAAUACCAGACCCUAUAAUGCAUUUGCAGAGGAUACCUUCUCAGAUGAUAAAGGGCAUACGCAUCACUGCCAAUCUCGGAAAUGGACACCACUAAAGUCCCAAGCUGAUGCCAUGAUAUAUCCCACGAAACGAAGUGACUUGGAAAAUACACGUCAGUUGAAUGCUGAGAAGCAUUUACAUGCACGGCACCCAGAUAGAGAGAGGAAGCCAGUUUCUGUGAGGACGAAAAGACAAGGGCAUCGGCAGUGA